AUGGGAGAUCUAAAUGUUAGAAUUGGAGAGCUGCGGCAGGAUAUAGGAGAAUUUUACACUGAAAACUUUUAUGCCGGUUAUGAAGUCAGAAAAUCGAAAGAUAAGAUUAUAAAUCAAAAAGGUAAACAAUUUAUACAAUUCUGCAACGAUUACAAUAUAUUCGUAUUAAAUGGUGUAACCAAAGGCGACGAGGACGGAAAAUGCACAUAUGUUAGCACAAUGGGGGAAUCGGUAAACGAUAUAUGUGCUGUAUCUAAAGAAACGUUGGAUAUUGUUAAUGAAUUUGUUGUCGAUGAUAAGGUGUGGUCCGAUCAUUUUCCUAUAAACCUAAAACUGAAUAUGCAAAUGGAAAAGGCAAAAAAGAUGAACUUGCUACCAAAACUAAUUUGGAAAGAUAGUAGAAAAAUUCAAUACCAAAGUUCUCUAAAUGAAAAUUUUGAUUGUAGCUUGUCCACAAACGAAGAAAUAGGUCUAACCGAUGUCUGUAAAUUAAUCCAACUAUCUUCUGUGCCAUCGACUGAAUUAUACUCAUUUGAGCCGAAAUGUAAGUGGUAUAAUAACAAUUGCAACAAGGCAAGAAUAAAAAGCUUUCAAUUAUUAAACGUGUACAGAAAAACAAAAGAUUCAGAAGACCGAAAAAGAUAUCUGUCAGCGCAAAAUCAUUACAAGAUAAUUGGUACCUGGAACCUGGAAGUGAACCUAUCAAAAUCGGAAAUUAUGGUUUUCAGGAAUGGAGGCAGACUAGCCAAACACGAAAAAUGGAAAUUUAAUGGAAACGUAAUUAAAAUUACAAAUGAAUAUAAAUAUUUAGGGGUAAUAUUCACACCAAAGAUGACAUUUACUAAACAUAUCCAAAAUCGGAACAACCAAGCAAAAAUUGCAAUAAACGCAACAUGGAAAAACUUUGUAGGCAGAACAGACAUAAAUAUGAACGCAAAAUGGAAAUUGUUUUUAGCGGUUUGCAGAUCCAUUCAAACCUACGCUGCCCAAGUUUGGGGGUUCUGUCAUUUCGAAGAAGUUGACUCCUUGCAACGUUAUUUCUUAAAAAGGAUUUUAAAACUACCAGUUUGUACUCCAAACUACGUACUCAUGCUAGAAACGGAGGUAGAGGAUACACAUAUAUAUACCCUGGGACUGCACUUAAAAUAUAUAGGAAAAACUCUGUUUCAGCAUUCGGGCGCUAGAUUGCCAAACCAGCUAUCCAAUAUUGCAUUACGCAGAAAUGUCUUCUGGGUAAAAGAACUGAAAUCCUUAGCUGCAAGUAUGGAUAUUCAAUGGCCUGAAGCAUUUCCUUCAUCAAGCCUAUGGAUUCACAGAAAAACGGAAAGCCAACAAAGAAUAUAUAAAUACCUGGACCCGAACAAAGCCUAUCUCUAUCUUAAUGAGCGAUACACAUCAGAAAAUAUUACUUGGAUAUUUAAAGCUCGCAGUGGAAUGAUAUCCCUGGGUUACAAUAACUUUGAAGAGAAUGAGUCGGAAAAAAAGUGUAAGCUUUGCAACCUAAGAGAAACAGAAACUUUGGACCAUUUCCUUGGAAUUUGUCCGGUUCUAAGAGAAUUUAGAUUGGCCGCCUUUAGUAAAGCAUCAUUGAGCUUCGUAGAAGUACUCCAUAUACUAGACGGAAUUGAAGUGGGAAAUUGGGAUAAGCUAACAACUUAUUUACGAAUGGCUUAUAAUUAUCGGCAACUUUUAUUAAAUGAAUAUCAUUAA